CUUUGAGCUCCAAUCCUAUCCCGCCAUUCCUCCUCAACCUCCAACUUAUUUACUUAACUUCAUACGACUCCGAGAUCACUACGAAUAGCCCCGCCAAGUCACAUAUCCAUAUCCAUAUCCAAUUGCCCGAGCCUGCUCUACUUUAUACCGGGAGAGGAAUUACGUCACCGUCGCAAUAGUUCUGCAUCCUAUUGAUUCCGUUAGCUCGUUCGACAGCGGAAGCAAUAAUAGCUAAUAUCUCAGAAAAGAGAGGAGGAGGAGGAAGAGGAGGAAUACAUCUUUACGGUGAUGACGCGGUAGGCGGGCGAGAAGCAAAGAAACAACGGGAGAGCAGCAUCUGCUGGAGGGAAUGAAUACUGGGGAUAAGAUAAAAUCAAAGAAACACAAAACACCAUGGUAGUCCGACCACCACCGCGCCCAACAAGACGAGGCCUCGCGCCCCCCGGCCCAAGUCCAAGCACCAGCAGCAAGAUAGCCAGCGGGAUAUCCGGCCUAACAAUCAAGCGAGUAAUCUGGACCGGCGCCUUCGCGGCCGUCACCAUCGUCGGCGCCAUCUACGGCGCGGGCCUGAAGACGCAAGCCGAGUUCCAGCAGGAGAAGCGCAAGAUCGUCGAGGCCACUCCCGAGGACCGCAUCCGCGGCCUCGAGGCCCGCCGCGCCGCCCUCGUCGCCCAGAAAGCCCCCUUCGAGAGGAAGCUGGCUGACGUGAGGGCGAGGAUGAGCGCGCAGCAGCAGGAGGGGAAGGAUGAUUGAUGGUGCGGCGGGUGAGGAGGGGGAGGGUAGUAAGAAAUGAGGGUUAGUUGAGUUGAGUUGGGCUGGACUACCUAGUUAUUAGUGAAUCACGGGGCUUGGAGAUAAUGCGAGAGCAUGGGGGAGGUGGACGAACCACGGAAGAAUCGAUGGCUUCCAUGCUAGGAUUCUUCUUCCUACGUUACUCUAGUAGGAAUCUACGUUACGCAUCUACAAGACAAGAAACGGCUAUUUAAACAGCAGGCAUAAUAGCCCUCCACCCCACCCUUAGAUUGGAUGGAGGACAUAUACCUCAAUAGAGGGUAUGUAGGUAGUCUAAGGACGCACCGCGUAAUACGGCCACGGAUUGGACACCCUUGAGAAGACAGGCAUAGAUAGACAUGGAAGAAAGGCAAGUAUAUAUGAAAAAAUGGCGUAUGGAGAAGACAUUAGGGACUACGGGGUAGUUUUAGACUCCGAGGCGACGGAGAACACGUAGCAUUGAAGACCUACAUGGGAAAAAAAAAAAAAAAAAAAAAAA